AUGGCUCCUUGGGUAUCAAAGUCGGCUUACAAUGUGCAGCUUGGGAAGUUUCAAGCUGCCCUUCAACCCACGGCCGCAACAGAACAUAUUUUGCGUACGCUCAAGGAAAUACAAUGCUUUGCCGACAGCUUUGCGGGCCAUGCCAAUCGGUUCGUCUGCUCAGCCGAUAUGGUCAAAGUGCUGCUUGAGUGGAUGGUGCAGCUGCAAACCACAGACCUAGGCACCGACGCUUGGAAUGCUGCAUUCGAAUUGGCCAAAAAGUAUCUCGGCAUCUGUCGCGAAGCCCCUGAUGCCAUACGGGCCUUUUGUGUGGUGGGCCUGUACAAUCACGUCGUUGCUCUGGGCACCCCGGACAGGGUGGCGGUGAGGCUGCACAUCAUUUUCCUAAUGGCCUGCUGCGAGGUGACGGAUGAGCACGUUAGUUUGUUCGGGCGCGUGAAGCGUGUGGCACUGGCCAUCGUGCAGGACACGAAGGAGAGCGACCACAACCGGGACCUGUUCUCGGCGGGAUACGAUGUGAUCAUCGAGCUGCACCGAAAGCUGCUGGUACACGCGGCUCGGCAAAAAGAUAAGACGCGCCAGGCUGCCCUGGACUUGUUCCGCGAAGUGUUCGACAGUAGCAUGGCUAUUUUGCAGCGAUGUUUUGGUUUCAGCUUAGCAAAAGCACGCCAACUCUACGCAACCGUGAUGGAAACGAUGACCGCGGACGUACGACUGAGGGAAUCGGAACUGAUCCACCUGCUCGGCGACGGUAUCGAUUUUGUGGAGAAAAUUCUCAGUUUCCGUGACACCGCACCGGACUAUUGUCGGUUUGUUGAAUUUUUCCUCAUGUUCACGGGCGUGACCGCGGAACCGUACAUCAACUGUGUCCGCUUGGUGCGGCAUAUGGUGCGCCUUCCUUUCAAUUCCCAGCUACCAGAAAGCUACUUUACGGACGCCACAAGCUUGGUGCGAUCGUUGUAUGCGACCUUCCCCUCGGAUCCGUCGGUGAUGAAAGUGAUCGUGUUGUUCGCCUGCCACAGCAAUCGGUAUUUUAGCAGGUUACCCGCCGAACAGCUUACAAAAGUGACGGAAGCCGCCAUCGAAAUGAUCGAGUCGAUGAUACAAUUCGUUCCCCACUGUCCGACCGGCAUGCGACCGGCCCUCUGUCGCAAGUGUCCGCACGCUCGACACCACUUGGCCGAUCUGUUAAUCUCUGCACAAAUCCGCCUGGUGUUAAGCCAAAUGAAAGCUCGGCAGGGCGCUAAACCAACGCUACCUGUUGGCCGGGUAUGUGAACUGGCGCGUUCCAGGGUGAAGCUAAUGCGCGAGCUCGAAUGCGACGGAAAAGGUCCGUGGCAAACCGACUCCGUUCGAGACUGCGUGGUGUGGGUACAGCGCACGUUAGCAACGCUUAGACAGGACCUAGCCGAAAGCGACACACAGAAACUGGUCGCUCUGUUGAGACUGGUGAUCGAGGAGAACGUGGUGCAUCGUUACGACUUCAUUAAAUCGGAUCUGAUACUGGUGCGGUUACUGGAGAACUGUUUCUACAGCGAACCCUCUGCCAACGUGCCGACUUACGCCCUGUGGCCGCGACUGAGUGUUCAGUUGUUAAAACUUUUGCUUACGCUUCGCGAAAACCCAGUCCCAGCAAACCCAGUGCAGAGCAACGCAUCGAUCGGCGUGAUUUUGCGGACGAUUAUGGCUUACCAAGCGGAAAUGGACGAAGAAGAUCGGACCAUGACCGUGAUGCAGCUGUACGCCCACGACGGUUACGAUCGAUUCGGGUUUGGUUUCCGGACGGAACCAACACACGACGAACAACUCACGAUCAUGGUACAGGAAAUGACGAUCGCGGUCAACUAUAAAACAUCGCGCUCGAUCACGCACUGUUUUGAGCAGCUGUGGAAGGUGGUUGAUGUGCGGGUGCACUGUCUGCCGCUUGGUAUGGCACUGUACGCUUUCGACGAACAAGAAUGGGAAAAGCUUCCUCCGGAACGGAUAGACAAGCUCCGGGCUAGUUUGGCGAACUACGCACCGAAAACGGCUUCCGAGCGCUUUCAACGUUCAGCGGCGCUGGGCAACAUUAGCUAUCGGCGCAUCUUGCACUGGCAGCGUGCUCUAUUGGAUCGCCUCCGGGUGGUACCGUUGGAACGGGAAGACAUCCGGAACGAUCGGCUCGACAAGAUGUUACUAGAAAUUCAGUUCGAUCGAGAAGCACAACUUCAAGAACGACUGGAGGCACUGCGUCGGCACUACCGCGCGAUGGUGACCGUGCUGGUGGAAGAUGAUUUCCAGCUGAUCUCGCUGCUGCCAUCGCUGACGUUUGUUUCGGGCGUACUCAACAACACGGCUCGUUACUAUCAACUGAACUACCAUCCGUAUCAGGCGACCGAGUUGCAGCUACUGAACCUCUUGCUCGUCAGCCAGCGCCGCGCCGAACGCCCACUCGAUCAGUGCGUGGCCCUCGGGUUCCUGCUCGAGCACCACCAGGUGACGGAAGAUGUGUUGCGGCAGUUUCCAAUCCAUUCCGGUUGGCUAAACUUUGCCGGUGGCGAUCUGGGAACGUGCAAGGCACUGUCGGUGCGGGCGGCAGAGUUACUGCACACGUUCGCGGGUAACGAGUCGGCCAACAGUUCUACUGUGCCAGAAAACCGGCGAUAUCCACUGCUGGACCUGUACCUCACGCUGGCCGUCUACCGUGGCUCGAAGCAGUCGGAUGCGGCCCAUGCUGCUGCACUGCAACUGAUCCGGCGGGGUCUCGCGCACGCUGAUCGAUUGUGCGCGAACGGGGAUCUCUCCGAAGACAGUCGCCGCCUGCUGAAGGGUCGCGCAGCACAGAUUGUGUUCCGUUUGGCGUCGGACUAUGGAUUACCCUUUCCGGAGGCAACUCCUCAGAUGGCGUUCGUAAGGCUGAUGCUCGGGAAUUUCAAUGAACUGCAGAAGCUCUGCUGCGAGCACACACUCGUCCUUUCGGCGGCCACGAUCGAGAUGACGGUGGCCGUGCUGCAGUUCACGAUCGUGCGGUACGACACUACCCAGUACAUCGUGGGGUUCGUGGAGCAGUUGCUAAAGUUUACCAUGCGCCGCGGAGCGGGACUACGUGUGAUGCAGGUGCUGCUCCUGUACGGCAGCAUACAGAUCGACUCCGAGAAGCUGGACCGCUGUGAGACUGUCAUACGUUAUCUGGACCGUUUGCUGAUGGUGCGUCCCAUCAGUUCGGGAAAGAGUCACUCGAAAAGGGUCACACGGAAUCCCAUCGACAUGUACAGUGCGAGCCAACAGAAUGAAGACCUCUACCACCGUCCCGUGUUGAGCGGUGGGCCUAAUGAUGAUGAUGAUGAUGGGGCACGAAAAGUGGCCAAGAAGGAAACUGAAAAAUUAAUCAUGCCGAACGGUGACGGAGCGGAUCCAGUGGACGAGCAGACGGAAGUGCCCAUUGAGCACUAUCUAAUGUUUGGCCACGCGCCUUCGUGCGACUGUCGCUUCUGUUGCAACCCACAGUACAAAGCGAUAGCCUUUAAAACGGCAGCUCUGACCGCUCGGUUGUCGGCUUUGAAUCGCGAGCCGAUCGAACGUACCGAUCACUACUACGAGGCGAUCACCGAUCACUGGCUGUCGGUGAUGGAACCACUGUUUCAGGCCAGUACGCCCACCAAUCCUAGGCUAAUUUGGUGCUUCGCUGGCUAUCGGUCGGACCUGCUGAAGGAUGUAAUGCGUACGAUGGGUCAGCGAGGUUUAUUUCUUGUCCGAUGCGGCCGAUACGGGACCGCAAGGAAGGUUUACGAGCGUGCUUUGGCCCUAUCCGAUUCCAAGCACGCUGUGGUAGAUAGGGCGUUGUGCGAGGACAUCCGCUUCAAUCUACAAGUGGUAGCAAACUUUGAGCAACAAGAUAUAAACGUCCUCCAAAGAAAACGUUCGGUGACGACGGAAAGUUACAAAAGAUUUCUAGCCACCCGGAACGGCAGCGUGGCGACACUGGAAACGGAUCUCGCCAAACUUCAGCUAAAAACUCCCGCCCGCAAGCCCGCAGCAAGUGGAACCGUACGUCCGCCACCAAAGACGGUCGAUCGAGUGAACGAACUGCUCCGGCAGUCCGCUUCACGACGUUACCAGCGCGCACAAGGUGUGAACGAUGCCGCACUUACUGCUGCCAGCAUCGAAGGAUUUGGAAUCGUUAAAGUUCCCAUUACUUCAGCGUCCGCGCGUAAACCAAAACCGAUCAACGUAUUUAUGGAUUCUCCUCCCGCACCGGGACGAUCGAGAGAGACGAAAAAAGUGAUCUCAGCCAACCCGUCGGCUCCGGUGACCAAUGAGAAACCACAAUCAGAUGCGGGGAAAAUAUCGGCGAAUGUAGUAAACACCAAAGCCGCUGCUGUUCCGGGCGGCGUGUUGCAACAGAAGGCCAUCGGAGCUUCUAAGCCAACGCAAUCUAGGUAUGUAGAUUUUCCAGUGCUCCCCGCUGCAAACACUCCCAAGCGUCCAGGCCAAUCUUCAAAAUCAAACGACAAUCGACUGGUCGGCGGUAGUCCUUCGUUGAACGGCUCGUUUCGAGAUGCCCUGGUACUGGGUAAGUCAUCGGGCGAGGCUACAAAACCACCCACCAGGGACGGGAGCGUGAUCGUGCUGGACGAUACGUCGUCGGACAUCAACACGGUGUCGGACGAAGCCAUCGAAACGAGCUUCGUAGAUUCACGCACCCAGACGCUUACCAAUUCGGCGUUGGCUCUCCGAACGUACUCGGAUCGAAAGCGGACGGCCACUGGUGGUAGUACACCAUUGGCGGCGGCGGCGGCGGCGGGACCAUCGUCCGCAGUAAAGCGAAAGCCGCCGACCGUCACCAAAGUGCGACUUCGUUUCGAUGAUCCCACCACACCCGUGCGGCAGAAAGACGGAACAGUACAGCGCUCCGAUAAGCCGAUUGCGCCGAUCGCCGAUGGGAAUCCGAGAAAAGCGGCCCGUGAUCGUGGUACAGCUGCAACGGGAGGCCGAGCGAAAAGAGCAAACGUGUGCCCACCGGCAACGGAAGUGAUCGUACUGGACUGUUCGGUGGAAAAUGCGGCACCAGAUAACAUUGCGACGCGUACGAGGCAGCGCAGAAAACGCAACUAA